AAUAAAAAUUAAACAAAAAAAAAUUACCAACAAAAAAAAGAAGAAAAUCAAUAAUUUUAUUAAAGCAUUUAAUUAAGCGGACAUUCAUUAAAAAUGGCUCAAAAGUUUAGAUUUAGAAAUCUUUUCGCAAAAUCUCACACAAAGUGGGAGGACAUUUAACCUUUAGGUGGUGCUACUGAUGGUUAUAUAAUAGCAGGUAACUCUAAGUUCAUAGCUUUCCCCCUUCAAGGUGGUAUGGGAAGCACUUUAGGUGUAUUAAGCUAUAAGCAAUCUGGAAGAGUCAAACAAAUUUCUUAAAUUAGGGCCCAUACUUCUCACAUUACUGAUUUCAAGUUUUUGCCUUACUAAGAAAACACUGUAGCUACUGCUUCUUAAGAUGCAACCAUUAAGUUUUGGCACAUUGAUGAUGAUAAUAGCAAAGAUAUUGACACUCCAUUAACUACACUAUCUGGACAUGCUCUUAAAAUCAAUUUGAUUGCUCCCCAUAACUCAGCUAAAGGUAUAUUAGCCUCUGCAUCGUAUGACAAGACUAUCAAGGUUUGGAAUACUGAAGAAAGCAAAGAUGUACUUACUAUUAACUAAGGUAGUAACUAUGCUCUUUGCUUAGAGUGGUCCCACGAUGGAUCAAUCCUAGGUUCUACAUGGAAUGAUAAACAAGUAAGAAUUAUUGAUCCUAGGUAAUAAACAUUUGUUAAAGAAUUCGGAGCUCAUCAAAGCACCAGAGCAUAAAAAAUGGCCUUUUUAGGUAAUACAAGUUACUUCGUAACUACAGGUUUUGACCAAGUAUAAAAGAGAUAGCUUUUCCUUUGGGAUAUUCGUAAUACCUCAAGCAAUAUCAAAGUAGAAGGCUGUUCUUAAGCUUAAGGUGUUCUCCAUCCCUACUAUGAUAGCGAUUUAGGUAUUUUAUAUCUAAAUGGUAAAGGUGAAGGCUUAGUCCGCUUAUUUGAAUACCAAAACGGAACUCUCACAACUCAUUAAAAUGAUGUCAUGGUUACUGAUACUACUAAGGGAUAUGGUUUCUUACCUAAGUAUGCUGUAGACACACAUUAGAAUGAAGUUUGUAGAUUAGUAAAAUUAUGUAGCAAAUACGCUGAAGCAGUUUCUAUCAUUUAUCCUAGAAGAAGUUAAGACUUUUAAGAAGAUCUCUAUCCAGAUUGCUCUAUUGACUUUAGCUUGACAGCUCAAUAAUGGCUUGAAGGUUAAAAUGCUUAACCUAAAGUUGCUGCCAUGAAGGAUUUAAAGUUGUCUAACCACACUCAUCAUAGUAAGCCUGCUACUACCACUCACAAUUAAACUCUUUCUCAUCAAGUUCACCAUACUACUACCACUACUAAUGUUACCCAACCUCAAAGAAAAUCAAGUAAUACUUAAACUAGUCAUACUACCCAUCAUGUUAAGACUGAAGCUAAGGUAGAAGCUAUUUCAGAAAAAGAAAAUAGUCAUCCAAACAAUCAACAAGAUGUAGAACACUAAUAAUUACAAAAAGCAAUCGAAGAAAACAAAGAUUAUUUAGCUAAAAAUGAAAACUUAAAGAGUGAUUUAGCUCAAAAAGAUGCCGAAAUUACUGAAUUAAAGAGCUAAGUUGAGUAUUUACAUCUUUAAGUUUAGGAAAGAAUAUAGAAUGAGUAAAGUGUUAGUGUUUUGACUUAAGAAGUAGAAUAAUUAAAACAAAACUUGGUUUAAAGUGAAACCUAAAAUACUGAGCUUAAAGAAUAAUUGCAAGCAUAAACAGUUACUUUCUAAUAAGAAAAAGAAUUGCUUAACUUGCAAAUUCAAGAAUUUAAAUAAAAAUAUUAAGACUGCAUUCAAUUAGUAUAAACUUUAAGCCAAUAAGAAGUAAGUCUUGAAGGACUUGAGCAUGAUUAACUUCUUUAAUCUCUCAGAUCUCUUGCUGAAAAAGGCGAAUAGAACUCUUAACUUUGA